GUCCGUACGGAGGAGGAAAAACGUGCGGCAUCCUUGGAUGCUGGCCUUCGGCGAGUUUGUACUCCGAAGAGGAGUUCGGGUAAGUUGGAGGUGGCCCCUGAAGUCUACCAACAGUGGAGAAAGGGCGGGCUGGAGCGCAAACUGCUGCUUCAGCAGUUUAUUGCUGCAGGUGCCAACAAGGAUGCCUUCAUCAAGCGAAUCGAGUACAUCCGCACCAAGUCCCGCGCCACGAAGCUGAAGGUCGACAGCGGGUGGUACACCAAGGAUGCCAUGAAGAAGGUUCUGGGCUGGCGUGACAAAUACCAACGGAAGCUGAAGGAGUACUGGGUAGACACAGCAACCACGGGCACCUUCGAGAAGACCACUUCUGAAGCCCUGCACGAAACCCUUUCAGCGGAGGGCGUGCCUGAGGAUGUCACCAUUGGAGGCAUCAAUCCCGGAGAGCCCAUUCAUGAUGGUGAUGGUGGUGCAAGCUCAGGGAGCGAUGAUGAGUCCGAUGAUGAAGCGGACAGUGGGGCUGGAAGGGCUCGUAAAGCGGGUCGGGGCAAAGGCUCAGGAAAUGCCAAGCAGGAGCUGGAGGAGGAGAAAGCUCUUGAGGCCGUCGAGAACGUCCGCACGGUGAUGGCCAAUAUCCUGCGCACACAGGGGCGGCUGGAGGAUCUUUCCGUAAAGCUCCAAGCCCUGGGCACCGACGAAGCCCAGAAGUCCCUAGGCCCAUAG